AUGACUUCUGGGUCAAGGAGACCAAGGGCUACGAUCUCAGCCCAUAUGCGGACGAGUUGCCGCUUUGUGAGGACUUGGAUUCUGGCACCGUGGGGAAUGGCGGCUCCUGUUGGAGCACCUGCCAUGGGCAGUGUCCUAACGAUGUGCUUCAGCCGGGGUUGGCCUUUGAUUUUGAUGAGAUCAGACCUGGACAUCCAGGAGUGGCAGCAGCAACUUACAGCAACAGAAAUGUGA